AUGGAAAAAGGAAUGGUUCCUAGCGAUACUACUAGCGAUGGUGUUAGAUUAAGCAGUGUUUUACCCUUGGAACUUGGUACUUCGACUGUAGGCUCAACUGAAAUUGUACGUAAUGAAAUCAGUGAACGUUUUGGUAGUUUGCCAAAACCAGUUAAUCAGCUAAUUGAAUCAGUAACUAAUUUUCCUGGUACUAGUAAUAGCAAUUAUCAAAUUAUUUUGGAAAAUCAAUCAACUCAGCUGAGAAAUAUGCAAAGAACACAUGCCGUUCAUACGGCUUCUUCAUUUUUGGGCACAUUUGUUCCUCGUGUUCAACAACUUCUUGGCACCCAUACACAUUCCAGUGUCCGAGUAAUAGCGAUUAUGGAUGGGCUUCGGUCAUCGAAUGAAAUUCGUCAAGCUGAAGCAGCUGCUGAUUUGGCUGAAAUGUUAUUGCUCGGUAACGAAGAAAGUCUUCCAAAUCUUCCUAUUAAAGAAAUUGUUAGCGUUCUCAUUCUUCUACUACAAAAGGAACAUAAUUUCGAGCUGAUGCUAACGGCAGCACGUUGUUUAUCAAACAUGUUAGAAGCUUUGCCACGAGCUCUUCCAAUUGUUGUAGAUGCUGUUCCAUAUCUACUUGAAAGAUUGAAAAGGAUUGAAUGUAUCGACGUCGCUGAGCAAUCACUUAUGGCAUUGGAGGUGAUGUCGAAAAGAAAUGGCAAAAAUAUCAUGUCAGCUGGUGGAAUCGCUGCUACUAUUUCACAUCUUGAUUUUUUUUCUGUCCCUUCCCAACGUUUAGCAUUUCAAAUUGCUGCUAAUUGUGCUUUAUAUGUAACAGCAAAUGAUUUCGGUCAUGUACGUGAAUCAUUGCCUGAACUUACCCAGCGACUGUUAAUUGAGGAUAAGCGUUGUCUUGAAUCGAUAUGUAUACUUUUUUGUCGGCUGGUUGAUAAUCUUCGUGGGCAUUGUGAUAAAUUACGAGAAAUAGCUGGACAGAAUUUUGAUUUUCUUAAGAAUAUUCAACAGUUAUUACAUAUACAGCCUUGUGCAAUAGGUCCGAAUACGUUUCAAUCGGUAAUUCGUAUGUUGCGUUAUAUGGCUGCAAGGUGUAGCGACAUUGCUGUUGCCCUUAUUGAUAUGGAUGUACAAGGUUAUACUGUUGUAGAUUGCGCACGUACUAUACGUUUCCUAAUUGUUGGUACGGAGAGUACAGAUCGAUUAAUUGAAGUAGUAAAUCGUCCUCCGCAGCAUCUUCAAGAAUUAGUUUUUCUGGCUGGUGAGUUAUUACCACCAUUACCUGUUGAUGGAAUCUUUUCUAUCGAUAGUGUGAUGCUGCGCAGCCAUGGAGGGACUAACGAUAUCGCUUCUAUUCAGUGGUUAUGGAAGGAUGAUACCUGUCAGUGGCUGCCAUAUAAUAAUUUUGAUAGUAGAAUAAUAGAAAUGGCUCAUUCAAACAAUGAAAAUGAAUUAACUCUACAAAUCAAUUCGAAUGUAUAUAGAUUAGAUCUGAAUCGUAUGUUACAAAUUAAUCAUGUGACUGGUAAAGAACGACAGAUUCUUCGUAGAAGCAAUAUUCAAAGAACAAAGACUUCCGCUGAACAAGACAAACGACAAGAGUUACUCUACAAAGAUCCAGUGAAAAUUGAGCAAGUUGUGCAAAUGCUUUUUCCUAUACUGAGUGGACCGGCAUUACGCUAUGAAAGUCUCCGUUUAAUGUUGCGCAUGGUUUAUCCUUCUAAUGCAGAAUUAUUGAAAAGUCUCGGUGAAUUACCUUUGGCCGGUCAUGUUGCCAGUGCAUUAGCAAGUCCGAGGAGCAAAGAUCUUUGCGUGGUCGCAUCUGCUUUACAACUUGUACAUAUUCUAGUUGAACGACUUCCAGCAUUAUAUGUACCACUUUUCAAACGCGAAGGUGUUGCUCAUGAAGUGGAAAAACUUUCAAAGAUGAAAUGUGAGUCACCUCCUCAGUUACCUCCUGUACAUCCACCUCCAUCUGUUAUUACUAUGGCUCCUGCUCGAAUGCGCGUGGGAAUUAAGUCAAAGGCAGCUGCUACUGUAACGAGUGCUGAACAUGACUCUAUAAUUCAGAAGCAGUCGUCAAGCCGAAGCCGUAGCUCACAGCCAUCUAAUGCCUCAUCAUCGAGCACAUUUGGAAUUAGUGAGAAUAGUACUCGCGUCAUUAUAUCACCUAGUGGUGGGCGCCAUCGCCGUAAAGCUUCACCGGAAAGUCCGAUAUCAAAGAAAGAUUCUCGCAGAAAGACAGGUUCAGCAGCUUUUCUUCAAUCGCUUCGCCUUCCUUCAUUUCGCAUGCCGGGAACAUCGUCGUCUAGUACAAGCCAAGAAGUUGUUGCUACAAACGCUUCUACUCUUUCUUCGUUUUUCCCAUCGUUUACUUCAGCUAAUUCUUCUAUUGUUCAUACAUCAGGUGGUGAAAGUUUAUCUGCAAGUUUCACAGUUAAUUCCGGUGCACGAAGUCGACUGAUUUUUCCUUAUGGUGGAGUUGCAUCUUCCCAUUUUAGUGGUCCAUAUAAUUCAUAUCAGUCCAAUUCUCUAUCGACAUCAGGCCAGUCAUAUUCUCUUUCAUCAGCAGCUUCAUCUCAUUCCUCUUCUACGCUUAAUCGCUAUCAGAAAGAUAAAGUACGUCACUGGAUUCGAAAAGAAGCAGAUUAUCUCACACAGAAAUAUCUUUCGACAUUUAUGGCAGGAAAUGAUAUGGAUUCUCCGUCAAAUAUUGUUCGAAUGAGCGCUGUAGCUCGUACACUUUUAGGUUCUAUUGAUGUUGGGAGUUCUCCUCUGGUUGAAUUAAAGGAAAUAAUUUUGGAAAAUGAUGUAAGUCCAUUCGAAUUAAACCACAGUGGAGUCUUGUCGGCUCUGUCUAAAUAUUUAAUAAGUGCUACUACGGAUUUACAACCUCCAAGAAAACUUCGUUUAAAGCGUUUCGCUGCUGUUUUCAUGUCGCUUGAUCCAGAUAAUUUGCGACCAGCUGGUGGAUCAGUUUGUUGGUUGGCUUUUGAAACACUUCUAUUAAAGUUACUUGCUUCAAUUGCUCAGCUCGAGCAGUUUCAGGUAAAAAUGACUGAUAUGGGAAGUCUCUUUGGCACAAAUAGUGGUCAACUUCGUGGUGCACAAGCAAUGAGGUUCUUCCAGACUCAUCAAAUAAGGUGUAAUUUACGCAGACAUCCUUCUUGUCGGGAAUUGCGUGAAUGGCGGCGUGGUCACGGAUCCAUCAAAGUCGAUCCAUUAACAAGUGUUGCCGCAAUUGAAAGGUACCUUAUUGAUCGCGGCAUUGGAAUUGUACGAAAUGAAGAUUCAUCUGGCGAUGAGGAUGGUAGUGAUGAUGAUGAAAUGCCUUCUGAUGGAGCAAAUUUUUCGAAUAAUUCUCCUAAUCAAACUCGAAUAGAAAUAUUGAUUAAUGAUGAAAAGAUUCCGGAUAGUAUCACCAUUCUUCAGGCAAUCCGGCAAUUUUCGAACGUGUCAAACGAAAAUAACGAUCAAGUAGCCGCAACGGCAAAUUUGUUCGCCAACACACAUACGCUUUAUUACAGAGCAGCGCCAAAUCAAAUGCAUCAUGAAGCAGAUGCAAUAGCUAAUAUGAAAAUAUUACCACCAUCAAAAAAUAGAGAAAGGAAGAAAAUUGAUGAAAGAUUAUGGAUUGGCGGUGAAGUCCCAAUGUCGGAGUGUCCACUCGACCCUUAUCUUUCUGAAUCUUUGCCUGUUAACAUUGAUGAUCCUUGUGUGCCUUCUUUGAUACUUCUUCGUUUAUUGUAUGGUUUAAACCGUUUUUGGUGGUCAUUAUUUGAUGAUGAAGAUGUGCCGCCUACUAGCCACGCGCCUUUGCUUGCGAAUUCAUCCUUUCAUUGUCCAAAAUUGAAUGCUAAAGUAAGUCGACAAUUGUCAGAUUUUCUCUCUGUUGCAACCCAGCAAAUUCCGAAUUGGGUUUCUGAUCUCAUUAAAACUGUGCCUUUUAUAUUCACAUUCUCAUCUCGCCGCAACUAUUUAUAUUCCUCUGCAUUUGGUCGUGACAGAGCUUUGAUGCAUCUUGUUAAUCAAGUUGAUGGUGGACAAACUGAUGGAGAAAGUGGUCGUUUGACUCCACGUUUAGAACGGCGAAAAGUAUCAAUAAAAAGAGAUGAUUUGUUAAGGCAGGCGGAACAAGCGUUGAAUAGUCUUGGAAAUAGCAAAGCUAUGUUGGAAGUCGGAUUCGAAGGUGAAGUGGGGACUGGUUUCGGUCCUACUUUAGAAUUUUACUCAACUGUGUCGCGGGAAAUCCAAAGACAUUCUUUGCGUUUAUGGCAUGGAAGUGCAUCCUGGGGUGAUACUGGUGACAAAGAUUCUCCUGCGGUCGAAUAUACUGUUUCUGCAUAUGGGCUAUAUCCCGCUGCACAAAGUAUUCAUUGCAAUAAACAAAGAGAAACACGCAUUAAAAAAUUCGAAUUUCUAGGUCGUCUUCUAGCACAAGUGCUUAUAGAUGCCCGUAUGCUCGACUUACCUCUCAAUCCUGUAUUUUUUAAAUGGCUUUGUGGCGAAGAAAAAUUUUUCGGGUUAGCAGAUCUAGAAGUAUUUGACAAGGAGUUAUAUUCAUCUUUAAGAUAUCUUUCUACAAGUGAAGCAAGCGCCUUGGAAUCGCUUGAACAGUAUUUUACGCUUCCAUCUGAUGAAUCGGUGGAACUAAUGAAAGGAGGUAAAAAUCGCCUGGUGGAUUCUUCGAAUGUCAUGCAGUUCAUUAAGCUCGUAGCGCACUGGCAGUUAGUCGAAGGCGUGCGGCGUGAAAUGGAAGCUGUGCGUAUCGGAUUCGAAUCUGUUGUAAACAUAUCUGAAUUAAGCAUUUUCACAUCAGAAGAGGUUUCGAUGGAAGAAUUGUUUUGUGGCUGUUCAGAGGCAAAUUGGUCAAAGAUAUGGAGUGAAAAUGCUUUACAGACAGCUAUUAAACCUGAUCAUGGUUAUACUCAUGAUAGUGAUCAGAUACGUUGGCUGAUACAGAUGCUAGCUUCUUAUAAUUAUGAAAUGCAACGAAAGUUCCUACAAUUUGUUACUGGUUCACCGAAAUUACCAGUUGGUGGUUUUCGUUCACUUAAUCCACCAUUAACAGUUGUCAAGAAAAGCGGGAGUUAUAUGAGUGGUGAAGAGGAAUUGCCUUCAGCAAUGACUUGCUACAAUUAUUUGAAAAUACCUGCCUACAGCAGUUAUGAAGUCGAGCGGUCUGAUUCGACUAAUGGAUGGAUGGACUCAAUCACAGCAAAAUACGGCACAUCAUCUCCUAAAUUCCUUCAGCCAAUGGAAUCAACUAAACGGGAAAUGCUGUUGGUCGAAAAACAAAAUACUACUGAAAAAUAUCGUUCAGUAAAUAAACAAAGAGUUCAUAACCGAUAUAAUGCAUUGUAUCAAGAAAGCAUUUAA